GGCCCAUAGGCCCGGCCCAUUAAAUUUGGCGGUCGACGGCUCUCAAAGGCUCAGCGCCUCUGCCUCUCCAUCUGUAGCACAAUGACGACCGCCAUGGCUCCUCCACCAGACCCUGUUCUUGACAAGCUAAGGAGCGAACCGGCCGAAACAUCUUCGUCUGCAAUUACGAUGAAGCCCCCAAUGGGUCCUCCACCUGCCAAAAACCCUAGCCCUCCGCCACAAUCUGAAGCCCCUAUCGCGGAAGACCAACCCCAAUCCAAUUCAUCCAUUAACGAUUCAACAGAAGCAGCUGAGGACAAUGCCAAGCAGACCUUGAAGCCCCAAUCUCAAGGCUUUGCCGUUCCCUACACGAUCCCUCCCUGGAGUGCAGCUCCGUGUCACCAGUUCCAACUCGAGGUCCUCAAGGACGGCGCUAUCAUCAACCAAUUUGAUGUAUAUGAGAAAGGAGCUUACAUGUUUGGCCGUAUAGACCUCUGCGACUUUGUCCUGGAGCAUCCGACCGUUUCUCGCUUCCAUGCUGUCCUCCAGUUCAAGAGAAGUGGGGAGGCAUAUCUUUAUGAUCUCGGCAGUACUCAUGGUACUUUCAUCAACAAGAAUCAGGUGAAUAAAAAGGUUUACGUGGAUUUAUGUGUUGGUGAUGUCAUCCGUUUUGGGCAUUCAUCUCGUCUGUACAUUUUCCAAGGACCAUCUGAGUUGAUGCCACCGGAAAAAGACCUGAAGCUUUUAAGAGUGGCCAAAAUGCGUGAAGAUAUCCUAGAUCAGGAAGCAUCACUUCAACGAGCAAGACUGGAAGCUUCUCUUGCUGAUGGCAUCUCAUGGGGCAUGGAAGAGGAUGCUAUUGAAGAAGCUGAGGAUGAUGGUGAAGAAGUAACUUGGCAAACAUACAAAGGACAGCUAACAGAAAAACAGGAAAAAACGCGUGAAAAAGUACUUAAAAGAUUGGAAAAGAUUGCUCACAUGAAGAAAGAGAUAGAUGCUAUUCGUGCUAAAGACAUCUCUCAAGGUGGUUUGAGUCAAGGACAACAAACUCAGAUUGCUCGAAAUGAACAGAGAAUAGCACAGAUUAUGGAAGAACUUGAAAAUUUGGAAGAGACACUAAAUGAGAGUAUACGAGAAAGUUUGGGUGCACGUGUUGGGAAGCUAUCUUAUGGUAAGAAGAAAGGAGCAACUGACGAAGAAGAAGAACUUUUGAGCGAUGAUGAUGAAUUCUAUGACAGAACAAAGAAGCCUUCCAGUAAAAAGGUGGGUGAAAACCCAUCUGUUGAAACCUCUGAUACUCUUCUUGACAAGAAAGAUGCUAUCAUGAAAGAAAUGGAAGAAAAGAAAGAAUUGCUUUCAAUUGAGAAAAACAAAAUGGCAUCAAAAACUACAGAUGAAACUGAUGCUGCAGAUGCACUGGAUGCAUACAUGUCAGGGCUUUCAUCUCAGCUUGUGCUUAAUAAAACUGAGGAACUCCAAAAGGAACUAUCAGCUCUCCAGUCUGAAUUGGACAGGAUAAUCUUUCUUUUGAAGAUUGCUGACCCAUCUGGAGAAGCUGCGAAGAAAAGGGAUUCAAAAGUGCAAGAGAUGCAAGAGUCAAAACCUAACAAAUCUGAAACUCCUGCUCCUGCCAUAAAAAAGCAACCUCCAAUGGAACCAAAGGAAAGCAGCCAACCUGGAAAACCAGCAAAUGACUCUUUACUGAAAGAGGGAACUACAGAGGUUAGCAUUAAAUCGAGCACAGAGCUGGCAGCUAACGAGAUUGUAACUGAUGCAACAGAAGGAAAAAACGUUGUGUAUACUGUUGUAAAGCCACAAUGGCUUGGGGCUGUUGAGGACAAAAAAAUGGAGAAGGGUCAUCAAGAGGCAGCACCUUCAAAUGAGGACGAGGCUGGUGAAUUCGUUGACUACAAAGACAGGAAGAAAAUUUUGGAGAAUGUCAGUGAUGCUAAAGUUAACAUGGAAUCUGGGAUUGAAAAUGCUGCCCCUGGUUUGAUUAUACGGAAGCGGAAACAAGUUCAUGAGUCUAAAGAAAAUGAUAGUGAUUCUCGUCAACAGCCGGCAUCCUCCACAGGAGCUGAAUUCAUGGCAGAGGAUGCUGUGGCACUGUUGUUAAAACAUAAAAGAGGCUAUUAUGCACCAGAUGAUGAGACCCAAGAUGUUAAAGAAGGGAAACAAUUGAGCAAGGAUAAGAAGAAGCCUAAACGAGUUCUCGGUCCUGAGAAACCUUCAUUUCUUGAUACUAAUUCCGAUGAAACGUGGGUGCCUCCUGAAGGACAAUCCGGCGAUGGACGAACUUCCUUGAACAGUCGCUAUGGCUACUAGAUCCGAAUGCCCCCAUGGUCACCAAGAAGUGACAGUAUAUUGCUUGAACCAACGUUUAUGCGCCUAAAAUGUCAUGGAUGGAGCAACAACUGGGAGACGCACUGAUGGAGUUGUUUGGUAGCUCACGUAUUUUGUAAUCAGGUUGAAAGUUGAGGCUGGAUUACGAUCAUGAAAAAGCAGUUUAGGGACUGAUUGUAUAGAGAUGAAGACACAAACAGAUCUCUGAAUCACUGUUGCAAACCCAAAUGUAAAACUUAGUCCGAUCAUGUACCUUCAUACUUUCAAGUUUCAACCAUUGCUUGUAUCA